AUGGCCAAGCGGAUGCUGGAGCUGGUCUUAAAUGGUCAUCUGGAGCCAGAUGGAAUUGCACCCGACUGGGUGUGCAUCGCGGACGAGUCACCGGAGCCGGGGGCCAACCACGAAGAGCGCCCGGUGGACCUGGGGCAGGACGGCGACGCUCGGGGUCGCGAUCUGUUAGCAGACAGCCUUGGGAGAUGUGCCCUGGGGCUGACGGUGGUGGGCAAGGCCCUGAACCUGCGAGCCGAACGCCGCCUUAGCGAGGCGCUGCGGCAGCACGCGGCGCAGGCGGCCAAGCUCCUGCAAUGCUGGGCCCGCCGCUUUGCUUCGAACUGCUGA